AUGACCUCCUCGAAUCCUGCGAAUCCUCUCCCAGCUCCUCUUCCUCCGCCCUCAUCGCUCGUUCCAACCGUCUCCCCCGCUACCCUAUCUUCGCUUGCCAUCUACAACCCAUCGCUUGGCCCGACAGACGAAACUGUCCAUGAUCAGAUCGUAUUCUAUACUUCCCGACGUGGAAAUGCCGUAACAGCCAAUGACAGAUUGCGUCAGAUAGGACUAGCUCAGGGCGUCGUGGAGUUUGCCCGCGGCUUUUCUAAGACUCAAAAUCUCAGCUCUGUCGAGACAGAGAAGUCUAGGAUAGUUACUCUGGAGAUUGAGGAACCUGGUUGGUGGAUUCUAGCUCAAAUCGAUCUCACAGUCAUCCAUAACCCCUCAACAUACCCCCCUACAAUCAAGUAUACUUCUCAGGAAGUUUCUCCUCCAGCACUAUUGCUGGCUGACAUUCGGCAAGCUUACGACCAAUUCCACUUUCAUUAUGGCUCCCUUGCCUCAAAUCUUGCUCGCCUCGGGAGAUCAGCGUUCUGCAAACGACUCGAGAAGUUCUGGCUACGUUGGGCAUGGGGGAGAUGGGAGGUGAUGCUUCAUGCAUCACCGGCAACGGGAAUAUUGGGUGGUGGUGGAGGUAUAAAGAUGGCUGGUGGAAGGCCAGGUAAAGAAAUGGGAAAUGAGGAAAGAGAAUUCCUAAAGGGGUGGGCCGAUAAAGGGAAAUCGAAAGGAUUAGUGGACCUGGUAGCCUCCAGGUUUGGUGAGCCCCCGGAAGAAGCCAAAAACACCAAAGGGAGUGAAAGCCGCAGCGGUUUUUGGUUUUGGAACAGCUCAAACAAGCCUUCAACUCCAUCGACUGCUACGAAAAAAGGCCAGCAAGGACCAGCUUUCAUUAUGCCACAGGAUGGAUGUAUCCUCCCUGGAACGGGGGCGCUGGACUGCCGGUCCAUAAGGGAUGUAGCUAUUUACUUGAGCGAGCUCUAUCAAUAUGGCGAAGAAACCUUUUCUCGACCAAGUGCGAGUUCCCGGCAAAGAAAAACUCGUAACAGGCCCAAGGCACCAGCCAAGGAUGGUUCUGAGGGGAGUCCCCCACGAACAAACAUUUUAAUUGCCAGACCUGCAAGAGCAGAGCCGGAAGCCGCGUCAUCCCCCUCAGAGCUAGUCGCCAGCGUGGCCAUAGAUAAGUCUGUCGAAGGUGGAGGACCCCCCAGAGGGGCACACGGGACCUCCUCCUCCCAGAUAGCACAAGAGUCAUCCAACAAGAAGCAAAGCCCCAGUAAUACCAAUGCAAAAAUAUUGAACCUGCUUACAUUUGGAUGGAGCGGGGGCUCAACGCCAGGGAGGGGUACUCGGACCACAGGCACAGAUUCUAUCACCUCAUCCCCUGCGCCCUCGUCCCGCACACCUUCACCUGCACCAAUGAAAGUUGUGGAUCCCCAGGCAAUUGAGGAGACUGACGGGCCUGCUGGUAGGAUGAAGGAUGAAAACCCCAAAAGAGCUAGGUUUGUAAUUGGCUUUAUGGGUGACUUGGAUGUGGAGGAUUUGGACGAAACCGAAUCUGGGGGGAGAAUUACAAGCAGAACUAUUUGGGCCACAAGAAGUACCACAAAAAAUGAAUCGGAUGAGCAAGCUCGAGGCGAUAUUACACUAGAUGAAGGUCUCGGAAGAAGAAGUAGCGAGACACCUACUAUUAAGCAAGCCAAUUUAGAAGAGCUCAGAAUUGUCAUAUACGCAAACCAUCCUUUUAUUCUCGCUUUCAUAUUUGAAAAUUCCACCCGACACCUAACCUCGCCGUCAUUUUAUCGAACCAUACAUCACCAACUCGCACCGCUCCAUGAACCAAUGUUGAAAAUUUCUCCUCUUGGUGAACCCAAGCUAUCGCUCAAGGUCCCAGGCUUAUUAUCCCCAAUCCUCAAACCGCCUUAUGAUAUCUUGUACAACCCAAAGACAAGGACAAUUCAUUGCACCCUCCCGCCCAUCCCUGAACCAGCAUUGGAGCAAGCCAAUCCAGGAGCUGGGGCCGGGUGGACCAGAGCAGACGCUUUCCAUGUUCACGCCCUGAUCUUGGGAAUAUUGAGUGAAACAACAGGUGAUAGGUUGGAAAGGGAAAGGAGUGUGCGGAGUACAAAAGGCUGGUGGGUAAACUGGAUGAGACUCGAUGGUGGGGUGGAAGGGAUUGCGGUUCGAAGAGCCGGUGAAAAUAAGGCAGCAGACGCUGCAGCAGGGCUAGUCGGUGCCAGUGGCACAAGAGCGGGAGCGGGAGGGAUCGAUAUUAGGAACUACUUUGAGGGAUUGGUCCGCGGUGCCAAGUAA